UGUAACGGGUGACAAAGUAAGUUUGAGCCUAAGCACCCUUCACUUUAAUCUUUGUUUUGAGUUCUGUACCAAUUAUGAAUUGUUAGUUUUAGAUCUUUUUUCACUAAUGUUCUUUAAACAUGACUUUAUAUGUUCUUUACUUUGACCCGAAUCAACAGUGACUUCAGUAAAAAGCAUAAAAGAUAGACCGAUUUCAGGGGCGUUGACCGAAGAUGAGUUGAAACAGUUUUCGGGUUUGUCUUGUACACCACCAAGGAAGUCACCUGGCAAAAGCCCUAAUGAUAUGCCAAUAAAUGGUAGUGUUGGUAGCUACUGGAGCCACACGAGCUCAGCACAAUUUUCGAGCCCAUGUUCAUCGUAUAAAGGCAUACCGAAUGCCACCAGCAAGUACAGAGAGGCUUCAGCAAAGAGAUUCAUAGUAACAGGAACAGGGAAGAUUGUGAGGAGGAGAACUGGGAAACAACAUUUGCUUAGAAAGAAAAAUGCUAAGAGAACACGUCUCUUAAAACGGUUCAAGUCGACCGCAGUGACUACAACAAUGUCAUAGGGGCAUUGCCCUAUCUGAAGGUUUACCGGGCCAAUUAGUCCGGACCGUUAAACCGUUUUGACUCAGCUUGCAAGCUGUGUACAGAGCUAAUAGGUUUGUUGUAUUUAUGGUUAAGUGUUUUUACUCCUUUGCCUUGUUCAUGUAAUUCAUAGCCACCGCAGAUACAAAAUUUAUUAUGUAAUGUGCUUUGAGAGGCACCAUCUUUUAUGAAGCAUUACAUGUAUAUUUUCACCGGCUUCUGACUUUUGAAAAGCCACAUAUAGUGAAGAAUGUAGCGCCGCAAUGGAUUAUCUUU